CUUCCCGCCCUACUUCCCGGCGCUGCACAGAUUCAUCCUCCUGUACCAGGCAAGGCACGUGGAGGACGAGGCCCAGGGGCGUGAGCUGGUGUUUGCCCUGUGGCAGCAGCUGGGCGCAGUGCUGAAGGACAUCACCCCCGAGGGCCUGGAGAUCCUGUUGCCCUUCGUGCUGUCACUUAUGUCCGAGGAGCACACGGCUGUGUACACUGCCUGGUAUCUGUUUGAACCUGUUGCCAAGGCACUGGGCCCCAAAAAUGCCAAUAAGUACCUCCUGAAGCCUCUCAUUGGUGCCUACGAGAGCCCCUGCCAGCUACACGGCCGCUUCUACCUGUACACGGACUGCUUUGUGGCCCAGCUGAUGGUGCGGCUGGGCCUGCAGGCCUUUCUCACUCACCUGCUGCCCCAUGUCCUGCAGGUGCUGGCAGGCGCGGAGGCCUCCCAGGAGGAGAGCAAGGACCUGGUAGGGGCUGCUGAGGAGGAGGAGAGCGGGCUGCCCGGGGCCGGGCCUGGCUCCUGUGCUUUUGGGGAGGAGAUUCCCAUGGAUGGGGAGCCUCCUGCCUCCUCGGGCCUGGGGCUCCCAGACUACACGUCUGGCGUCAGCUUCCACGACCAGGCUGACCUCCCUGAGACAGAGGACUUUCAGGCCGGGCUCUAUGUAACUGAGUCUCCCCAGCCCCAGGAGGCUGAGGCUGUGAGCCUGGGCCGGCUAAGUGACAAGAGCAGCACCAGUGAGACCUCCCUGGGUGAGGAGCGGGCUCCAGACGAGGGGGGCGCCCCCGUGGACAAGAGCAGCCUUCGAUCAGGCGACAGCAGCCAGGACUUGAAGCAAAGCGAGGGCUCCGAGGAGGAAGAGGAGGAGGAGGACGGCUGCCUGGUGCUAGAGGAGGAGGAGGGGGAGCAGGAGGAGGUCACCGGAGCAUCUGAGCUCACUCUGUCUGACACGGUGCUGUCCAUGGAGACGGUUGUGGCCGGCGGCAGUGGGGGAGAUGGGGAAGAAGAGGAGGAGCCACUGUCGGAGCAGUCAGAAGGCAAAGAACAGAAGAUCCUCCUUGGACCCACUCGGCAGCAGUUCACGGUGAGCAGUGGCGAGAGCCCUCCGCUGAGCGCCGGCAACAUCUACCAGAAGAGGCCGGUCCUGGGCGACAUCGUGUCAGGGCCGGUGCUCAGCUGUCUCCUCCACAUUGCCCACCUGUAUGGGGAGCCCGUCCUCACCUACCAGUACCUGCCCUACAUCAGCUACCUGGUGGCCCCAGGGAGUGCCUCAGGCCCCAGCCGACUGAACAGCCGUAAGGAGGCAGGGCUGCUGGCCGCAGUGACACUGACUCAGAAGAUCAUCGUGUGCCUCUCAGACACCACGCUCAUGGACAUCCUGCCCCGGAUCAGCCAUGAGGUCCUGCUGCCCGUGCUCAGCUUCCUCACCUCCCUCGUCACAGGGUUCCCAAGUGGGGCCCAGGCCCGGACUAUCCUGUGUGUGAAAACCAUCAGCCUCAUCGCCCUGAUCUGCCUGCGCAUCGGACAGGAGAUGGUCCAGCAGCACCUGAGCGAGCCUGUGGCCACCUUCUUCCAGAUCUUCUCUCAGCUGCAUGAGCUUCGGCAACAGGAUCUGAAGCUGGACCCCGCGGGCCGUGGUGAGGGCCAGCUGCCACAGGUGGUCUUCUCUGAUGGGCAGCAGCGGCCCGUGGACCCUGCCCUGCUGGACGAGCUGCAGAAGGUGUUCACCCUGGAGAUGGCGUACACAAUCUACGUGCCCUUCUCCUGCCUGUUGGGUGACAUCAUCCGGAAAAUCAUCCCCAACCACGAGCUGGUUGGGGAGCUGGCGGGGCUGUACUUGGAGAGUGUCAGCCCGAGCAGUCGCAACCCUGCCAGCAUGGAGCCCACCGUGCCCAGCACCGGCCCCGAGUGGGACCCCCAGGGUGGGGGCUGCCCUCAGGAUGACGGCCACUCAGGGACCUUUGGGAGCGUCCUGGUGGGGAAUCGCAUUCAGAUCCCUAAUGACUCUCGGCCUGAGACCCCCGGACCGCUGGGCCCCAUCUCGGGGGUGGGUGGCGGGGGCCUGGGCAGCGGGAGCGAGGACAACGCCCUGAAGCAGGAGCUGCCGCGGAGCGCCCACGGGCUGAGCGGAAACUGGCUGGCGUACUGGCAGUACGAGAUCGGCGUGAGCCAGCAGGACGCCCACUUUCACUUCCACCAGAUCCGCCUGCAGAGCUUCCCGGGCCACUCGGGGGCCGUCAAGUGUGUGGCCCCCCUGAGUAGCGAGGACUUCUUCCUGAGCGGCAGCAAGGAUCGAACCGUGCGCCUCUGGCCGCUGUACAACUACGGCGACGGGACCAGCGAGACGGCCCCACGUCUCAUCUACACCCAGCACCGCAAAAGCGUCUUCUUCGUGGGCCAGCUCGAGGCCCCACAGCACGUGGUGAGCUGUGACGGGGCUGUGCACGUCUGGGACCCCUUCACAGGGAAGACCCUUCGCACAGUGGAGCCGCUGGACAGCCGGGUGCCUCUGACCGCGGUGGCUGUCAUGCCCGCCCCCCACACCAGCAUCACCAUGGCCAGCUCUGACUCUACCCUGCGCUUUGUGGACUGCAGGAAGCCGGGUCUGCAGCACGAGUUCCGACUGGGCGGUGGGCUGAACCCUGGGCUUGUCCGCGCCCUGGCCGUCAGCCCUAGCGGCCGUAGCGUCGUGGCCGGCUUCUCCUCGGGCUUCAUGGUGCUCCUGGACACCCGCACGGGCCUGGUUCUGCGAGGCUGGCCAGCCCACGAGGGGGACAUUCUGCAGAUCAAGGCGGUGGAGGGCAGCGUCCUGGUCAGCUCCUCCUCUGACCAUUCCUUGACCGUCUGGAAGGAGCUGGAGCAGAAACCCACCCAUCACUAUAAGUCAGCGUCCGACCCCAUCCACACCUUUGACCUGUACGGCAGCGAGGCGGUCACCGGCACUGUGUCCAACAAGAUUGGCGUCUGCUCCCUGCUUGAGCCGCCCUCCCAGGCCACCACGAAGCUGAGCUCUGAGAACUUCCGCGGCACGCUCACCAGCCUGGCCCUGCUGCCCACCAAACGCCACCUCCUGCUGGGCUCAGACAAUGGAGUUAUCCGCCUCCUGGCAUAGGCUGAGGCAGGAGCUGGCCGGGCAAGGGUGGGAAGACAUCUGCGGGAGCGUGUCUGCUCACCCUGUUCCCCGAGCAGCAGCUGCCUCCCCGGAGGCCCUGGGUCCCACGCCCUGGGUGCCCACAUGUCCUGCCAACUAGGGCCUCCAACUGGAGUGGGGGAGUCCCGGCCCUUAAAUCACCAGAGCCACCAAGCCUGCCAGAGGAGUCUCAUUCAUGACUUGGGGACGCACUGCUCCUAGCAAGCAGGAAGUAAGAGCAGGAAGAAGCAUUGCUACCUUCACUUCUCCCCAGCUCUGCCCUCUGGGUCCACAUGAGGACAGGGAGGCUCGGGAAGGGGAAGGGAGACUGGCCCUGCCCAGCCGGUCUCUAGCCCCUCACCCCACACUGGGCUCUCUCUGCCCCGUCCCUCUGGGACAGGGAAUCUGGCCUGGUCCAGAGCACUGAUGGUGCUUGGAUUCCAGCCUAAGGAAGGCUGGCCAUGGUCCAGGAGUUAAGGGCCUGGGUCUGGGGUUUAAGUGGCCACCCACCCAGGCCCUGGCCAGUGUGGGACCAGGAGGGGAAGGAAGAAAGAGGCUAGGAGCAGGGGAGAGAAGGUGCACUUGGCCAGUGGUGCCUGCCCGGAGUGAGCCCAUGCCUUGCCUGCCUACCCCUAACUACAGUGUUUGUGCCUUGAGCUGAGCAGGGCAGCCUCUGGGCCCUGAACCCCUGCUGGGACUCCACGACCCUGAGCGAAGGAGUGAGAAGAAUCAUCUCUGCACCUCGGGUCUCUGCCAGAGGAAAACUUAAGCAUCCCUGCAGCCUCACCUUCUAGACGGAGAUGAGGUCCAGGGGUUGGCCCUUGCUGCCUCCUCACAAUUUGCAAUAGAUGUAAAUAGGACCAAUAAAUCCUUUGGAAGAGCCA